GUCCUGUGGUACACCAGCAAGAACAACCCCUCCUGCUACAGCAAAAGGGAAGCAAAGAUGAAACCUGUAAACCUUUAACUACCAUGGUUCUUAGGGUAAAUCUGAAGGCUAAGCCUCCUUGCAAGUCUCAGCAUCCUGUCGGGGUCAGAGGAAUGUCACAAUGCAGAGUCCCUCGCUGAGCCUGGCUGGGUCUGCCUAUGGAACCACACCUGUGUUUACAAAGGGUCUACAGAACAUAAGAGCUACCAAGGGGCAGCUGGUGGUGUUUGAGUGUCGUGUUCACUCCACACCCCCCCUGCAGGUGCACUGGUACAGGGAAUAUGAUCAGAUCAUGGAUUCUGCUGAUUUCCGAAUCCUGAGGAAAAAGGCUUGUUCAUCAGCAGUUCCUGAGGAAGUCUGCACCCUGGUUAUUACAGAAGCUUUUCCAGAAGACUCUGGAAUAUUUAAAUGUGUUGCUGAAAAUGAAUUUGGGUCUGCAGCAUCCAGUGCACAUCUCUCUGUUUCCCCAGGAGCUAAGGAGCUGGAAAGCUUUGGAAGUGCUGCCCCCAGGCCAGCUGUGCAGGUCACCAUGAAGAAGCCCUCCUUCUCCAGGAGCAGCCAAGCAGGAGCCAAGGACCGAGGGGCAGCUGCUCUGCCAUCCUACAGCCCAGAGAGCCCCGGGCUGGGCACUCGAGCAGCAGCCACAAGCUUUGGGCAGAAGAACUCCAAGAGCCAAGCUGAGGAUUUCCAUGGAGCUUAUGAAAAUUCACCUCAGGCUUCUCCUCUGCGGGAUCAGCACAUGCAGCUGUUUGCCUGGGUGACAAUGACAAUGCCAGCACCAGCCUGGCAGGUGACAGCACAGGCUCCGUUUGACCAGGUGUGUAACCACCUAAAGCAUCAGGGAAGUGCCUGAUGUAGUUUGCAGGAGUGCAUAUCUGUGGGUAACUUAAAAGCAUCACCUCAAAUGAUUGUCCUAUAGGAGACCUUUGAGCCCACAGCAGAACA